AUGGUGAUUAUGGAUGAACAAUAUAAUGGUAUCCAAUUGGAUCUUGGAGGACCACCAAAUAGCCAUGGCAAUCAUUAUGUCUUGCGGAAUGGUACGAUUCAUCAGAGUGGUGCAUUCCAAAACUCGACCAACAAUCUAAUCAAUGGUAUACAAAAUGUGGGUCACUCUAUUACGAAUGGUAUCCAAAAGGUGCCCAAUGAAAUACACUUGCUACGCGACCGAGUCUCCAACAAGGAUUAUUUCCUCAUGACCGAACAAAUCGAGAUGGAGGAACAUAAACGUGACCGAUUGAUUCAUUCGCCAACGACCAAGUCGAUCAGCUCCAAACAGCUACUAAAGCGACCACUAGGUAUCAAGGACAAUGAUACUGGUUUGGAAGAGACUUUUAACGAUCACAACUCGAAACAUCGGUUUCGGUCUUGGUCGUCUCCCUCGGUUCCUGUACCAAAAACUGAAGCAUCUGUUCAGUCGUCUGUUGAAACCAAAAACGUCAAAGCAUUGACACUCCCACGUGCCGGCACUCGAUCCAGUACCAAUCCUCACCACUUUACAUUGUUAAAGAAACAUUCAUAUAACCUAGACAAGGAAAAUGAAGGUAUCAUGGAAGUAGACGAAGAAGAAAGAGCUCAAGAAAUACUUGACGACUAUUAUUCAUCUGCUGUUGAAAUGGAUGAAGAUGAAGGAGAGGAAGAAGAAGAAGAGGAAGAGUUAACAAGAAUUCGAUCAAUGUCAUUAGGAUCCAACGACCAAGGAUCUGCUUCAUUAUCAUCAUCCUCAAUUGCAGUCGAAAAAUAUAAAAAGAUGCAAGUUACUUUGGAUGAACUUAAAGAAUGUCAAGAAAUUAUCGAUAUUGUAAAUAAUAAUAAUAAUAAUAACAACAAAAAUAGUAAUAAUAGAAUUAAACCAAUCAACACCAACAACAAUAAUAAUAAUAAUGAAAAAUCAAUUAUUAGUAAUAGUGGUAUUCUAGUUUUAGAAAGAACUAAUUCGACCAAUAGUUUGGACUGUAUGGCCGAUACUGAAUACCCUACUACCACUCCAACUCCAAACAUUUGUUAUACGACAAACCGACAACUAAAUACACCAUCACCACGAAACAUGUCUUGUGGGUCACCAACCCAUAGUACUACUACUGCAUCAUCAUUACCAUCUUCACCUCGGUCGACAUCUCUUUUAUCCAUUACAUUUUCCAAACCUACCAACAGUGCCAUUAGCAAUAUUAGUAUUGUCAAGGCCAAACCAACCCCUCCACCAAGAUCCCCGGCCUCGCUACUAAAGCAUUCCACUGGGUCAUCAUUGGCUGUACCAACAAUUACCACCACCUCUGCAUCAUCGUCUCCGAAUGGCGCAGGUAGCACCACCACCACCAUCUCUCCAUCUCCAUCACCAUUGUCAUUGUCGUCUAACAACUCUAUCAAUAAUAAUAAUGGUCGUUCAUUAACUCCAACAAUGAUGCAACAACAUCAACCUCAUCCAUCUCGAAAUCAACUAUCAAUGUCUUCACCCAAGAUUAUUAUAAACAAACAUCUUGUAAGAUGUGAUAGUAACGGUAGUAUAUCAUCCUCGACAUCUAAAUCAAACGAACAAUCUCAAUCCCAAUCCCAAUCAUCUUCUCCAAACCUAUCACCAAAGAAAGCAACAAAGACUAUUGCUCUUUCCAAAUCAAAGAGUAGUAGUAAUGUUCCAACAAAUACCCAAAAAUCAUCAAAUAGUGGAAGUGGUAGUGGUCAACAUAGUCCAUUGGCUCCACAAUCACUUUCUUCAAGUGGUACAAAUAUUGCUUUCCAAAAUGAAUUAAAAUUACAUUUAAAAGCAAAAGAAGAACGUAGAUCAUCUAUUUCAAAAUAA